UGAUACAAAAAAUUUUCGACGCCAUAAAUAGUGGGCCACCAGAUGAAUAUACGUGUCUGGAAAGUUAAAUGUAAUUAAUUUUUGAAUUAAGCCAGGUAUCCAAACUUUGUCGAAAGCUCUUUCCGCGUCUAGCAUCGUUGCGACAGUAAAUUUCGCUCGUGAAUUAAAACCGUCAGUGGCCUCUUCAAUGAGCUUAAUUAGGGGGUGAGAGGUAGAGUGGCCCCUUCUAAAACCAAAUUGGUUAUCUGGAAUGACUUCGUGUUCGUCCGAAUGGUGUUGAAGUCGUUUGAGUAAAAUUUUUUCGAAAAUUUUACUCAUGCUAUUUAGGAGGCUAAUAGGUCGCCUGUUUUGUGGUAGUGACGCAUUUUUUCCCGGUUUCGGAAUGGUGAUAACUUUAGCUAGUUUCCAUGAAGCUGGGUAGGAUUUAAGAAUAAAAAUAGCAUUUAUUAUUUUAAGAAAGUAUUGUAUAGCCUGAAAUGAUAAUUUCUUUAAAGUAUCAAAAUUUAUUCCGUCAGGUCCGCCUGCUUUAUUUUUUGGUCGCGAGUGAAUAGCUUCUAAGAGCUCUUUAAUUGUUACUAGUUCCGUCUCGGCUUGUGGAACGAUUUGUAAAUAGUUAUUAACGGGACGACACCGCUUGACCGCAUGGUCAUUAGACCGUAUGAGGGGAAAGUGUGUCAGAAUCACCGCAAGCCCCGCCCCCUAGCUGCCAUUGGCCUGGUAGCUAGCGGGGAAAGGGAACGUGACCAGGAGAAGAACUACAUAAGUACGGGAACUCGGUUUAGCCUUGCUGAGUCCAGAAAAGUACAAAUCAGAUUACAAUCACAGUAUAAUGCCACUUGCCAAAUAUUUUCUUAAUGUUAUUGAAGAAAAAUAUUACGAAAACCUGUAUAGGGAAUGGCGUUUAUUAAAGACUGUUGAAGCACUCAAGAAAGAGGACGAAUUUAUGGCGUGCGGUAACAAUGACCCACACAGAUUUUAUUUUAAGUAUUAUUUAUUUAUUUUCCUGCCAUACUAUAUCGUUUUGAUUGUUAUUAUUUAUGCUCAGUCUAAAAGCCAAUUAACUACGUGUAUUCAUGUUUAAAAGCCGUCAUCAACGUCUGUAAUAGAAAUGUGAACAAACCAAGUUAAAGUCAUUUGACAAAACCAAAAAUUGUAUUUACGUCUGGAAAUGAUAUAAUAUGAUUUGAUUUAAUUUAUAACCCUAAUUUUAUGUUGUAAAUAUUUCCUAAAAGAUUUCCUGUUUGUUUUCAUAUAUUGUAUUGUUGACUGGAGUUCUAUCUAUGUGUCUGGCCUUCCAGGCAAUCAGGGUUCAGGAUUCAUCAAUAAUGAGUUUUUAAAUAUAAUUUGAGAGAGAAUAAUUUAGCGUCAUCUCCGUGUGGGUUAAGCACCAGACGCUGUUGCUUUAAUUGCAACUUUUAUUGAAAUAAUCAUAUACAUUGUGUUGGGAGUGUUAUCAAAAUGUUCUGCGAUAUAAACUACCUACACGUGAGUGAAUGCAAAGGUAUUUAUGCAUUUUAAGAACUUUAUAUCAGUAAUUGAAACUCAAAUCAAGGCAAUGUCAUUGUUCAACUAGAGAUGCAAUUUUGAACAUGUGAACUGAAACGUCUUAAUAUUGCCAUGUAAAAACGAAUACCUUACAAAUAACUGUGAUAUUUUAUUAAGUAUUUGGAAAUGACAUAAAUUGAGAUACAUUUUUUUUGGUUAAAUCUUCAACUUAAGUUACAUUACAUGACCUCGACCCGAUUUCAGUGGUCCGUAUAGAAAAUAUUUUUAUGCCCCCCUGAGUAACCAAACUAGCCGGUAAUAAAACUGAUAAUUAUAAAGCAGGAACUGCAUAAUUUUUUAAAGUCAUAUAAUUUAUACAAGUGAAAUUAAAUAAAGUUGGAUUAGACUCAGAACUCUUGGUAAAAUAGUGCUCGACGUAUUGUCCUGAGUGUACAUCAUCUACUUCUGACUCAUCCGUGAUAUAUUCAUAUAAAUAAUAAUUUUAAUAUAUAAAUUUAAGAAGAAAAAUUCUAAUAUUUUAUUGUUGAAAAUCCUUGUGUCAUUAUAGUGUACUGUGUUGUGUUGAAUAAAUGUUUAUUGUGUGUUUUUUAAGUAAAAUAAGGAUUUGUACAUACAUAUUGUCCUACACUUUUUACUUAACAAUCAAAUUAAGUUAAUAAUUGAUUUAUUAAUGCAGUGUCAACACCUACACACAAUAUAGCUACCUAUAAGUUACAGUAGAGAAGAAAUAUAAUGGAUUUUUGGAAUACAGUUUUUGGAAUGAAAAAUGCUGUAGGAGACCAAAUGUUCCCUUCUAUAACAGUGUUCAUUAAAGCCAUGCUAUGCUUGCCUCAUUCAUCCGCAGCAACUGAAAGAAUAUUUUCUGCAGUUACAUUGACCAAAAAUAAAAUUAGAAACAAAGUAUAAUCACCACUGGUAAAUGCACUUCUUUUGGUAAAAUUGAAUUGAUGAACACAUCAGCUGCAGAUUUUACUGUUUCAGGAGAACUGAUUAAGUUAGCAAGCUCUGCUAGAAACAAUGAGAGAAUAGGUACUUCCUGUUGUUUAUUUUGUGAGUGGGAAAUGUGUAAAUAUAAUAUUUAGUAAUUGAAAGUCUAAUGCAUAAUUAAUUUUUAAAAAAGAACUAUUUUUUUUGCAAAUUCUAAACAUUAUAUUUAAUCACAUGUAUGUCAAGUGCAAUAUUAAUAUAUUGGCCAUCGUUGUUUCUAUGGCCGGACACCCACUAGAUUUGAACGAUAAUAUCCAUUCUUGGUUUCAUAAAAUCUCAAUGUGGCAUUUUUUGAUUGGAUUUCCAAACAGGUUUACUCUAAACAAGAAUGCAAUUCCAAAUGUAUGCUGGUGAUAAAAUGGUGCGUUUAAAAUUUUAUUUUAUUUAUCUUUGCAUGUGUUAUUUUAGGUAAUUUGUAUUUUCAAUUCAUUAAUUUUAAGAGCGUUGCAAUGUCAUAACUCCAUAAAUUGUUAAAACAAUAACAAAUUAUUUUUUAUUACUUUUUUUCAAAUCUAGUACUUUUUUCUCGCUUAAGUUGGUACGAAUUUUUUUUUUCUUGUGGACACCCUGGACACAAUACUGUACUGAAGCAGUACCAACCCCAGGAGCAUAUGAAUUGUCUCGCGUGACUCAAGGGAGCCAGCAGUUCUAAACAGCUUUGUGCAUUAGGAUAGAAGAAUUUUAAUUCUUACGUAUUUUAAGUAGAUUUCAAAGAAAUACUAUACCUAUUGUAGCCGUUACGAAGAAGCGACUUCAGGAAAAUUUUUACAUAUUUUUUCGUUUCAUGGUACAUAGACCCCAAAACCAUUGUCAACUCAAAAGCUUAUAUAUAAAUAUAUAUAUAUAUAUAUAAUUUUCUUGUGGACACGAUAACUGUCGUAAUUUUUCUCAAAUCAAUUCCAAACUAAUACAUAAAAUCUAAAUGUGGAAAAACUCGGUCGCUUUCGUUAAUGAGCAAUAUCCGACCAAAGGGGUAGAAAUGGGGAAGGUUUUUUUCAAAAACAGAAAAAUCGUUCUAAAUCACGCAAUAUGGAAAAUAUCACAUCCGUUUGAAUUUAUUAAAAUUCUUAGGAGUAAUGCCAAAAUAAUUUCUCUGAAUAAGUUUUCGAUAGGACCGACGGUAUCUCCAAGGGGUUGAAAAAACAAGGGUUGGCGGACAAAAAAAAUCAUAACUCUGUUCGUAGGCAUAGCAUCGAACUUGAACAAAUUAUGUAUUUUUCUUAUAAUUUCUAUCUAAAACUUUUGUCUGGAACAAUUUUUGAUUAGACGAACCAUUGCAGCAAUGUAGUAUAUAAAAUAACAGUAAAAAUUAAAAAAAAAAAACAUAACUCCCUCAGUAAGUACACCAUCAAAACCGUUCUAACUGUUAGUAAAUUGUAUACUUUUUAUCUAAAACUUUUGUCUGAAAUAAUUUUUUAUAGGUCGAACCAUUGUUGCAGAGGGUAGAAAAAAUAAAGGUAUUGAAUUAAAAAAAAAAAGCAUAAUUAAUGUACCAUGUACACUCAUAAAUCCUUUAUGUUUUAUCGUGUAAACUUAAAGUAUUCAGUACAUCUUUCAUCUGAAAUAAAUUUUUAUACGACCAACAACUGCAAGGGGUUGGAAAAACAAGGGUCUGCGGACAAAAAAAAAUUAUAACUUCCUUCGUAGGUACAAAACCGAAUUCGUACGAAUUGUGUAUUAAUCAUAUAAUUUUUGACGUGACAACGUCUAAUAAAUCGAUGAACGCCGGCUGCACGCACGAAAAAGUGUCCCGUAAUGCACAUUGUCCCACUACGAUGUGUCCCGUUACACUCUUUGUACGCUUGCGCGCAUCUAUCUCUCUUCCGCUCGAUUGGAACAACCAUCGAUUUGACUUUUUCGAGGAACAUUAAACUUGAAAUACUCCCAUUCCUUUCCUACUUUUCCUAUAAUUGUCCUAUCCUUAACAAAAUAACACAGAUUGGAAGAAGUUAAAUAGCAAACAUGUAUAAAAGUUAUAGUUAAAAUAAUCUCUUCGUGAAAGUAAUAAACAAAUUUGAAUUAAUGAGUGCAAAUAAAAGUAUAUUUAUCAAUUAAAUUGCAGAUUUCAUUUCACUCCUUCUUUGUAUCCAUACAAAAUAGUGAUAAUUCAAUAAAAAUGAUUCAUUUCUACUCAUAAAAGUAUGCAAUAAUUUCAUCAAUGUUUUGUUAUGACGUUGUCACGUUAAACUAUCUUUCGUAAACCGACUUUACAGACAACCAAUUUUUAUCUAAAACUUUUGUCUAAACAUUUUUCGAUCGGACCAACCAUUAUUGCAAGGGUUUGAAAAAAUAAUGGGUAGAGUUUAAAAAAAUUCAUAAUUCUCAUUAGUUACAAUAUAACGUUCUUCAAGUUGUUGGUAAACCUUAUAAUUUUUAUCAAAAACUUUUGUCUGAAACAAUAAUUGAUUUUCCAUUGCUGCAAGGGGUUAAAAAAAAUAAAGGGUAGAAUAAAAAAAAUUCAUAACUCCCUUAGUGGUGCACUUUCAAAUCCGUUCAAACUGUUUGUUAAUCUUAUAAUGUUACUAAAAACUUUAGUUUGAAACAAUUUUUGAUAAUACAAACCAUUACUUCAAGGGAUGGAAAUAACAAGUGUAGAAAAACAAAACGACAUUACUUUUAUAAAUACAUUUACUUUCAAAUUCAUUUUAGUAAAAAUACCUCAACAUUAUCUAAAACCUUUGGUUGAAACAUUUUUGAUGAAACUAACUAUUACCAUAAAAACAGGGGUUUAAAUUUAAUUUAAUUUUUACAUUUUUUAGUAUCGAAUUCAUUGGAAUUUGUUUAUUACCAUCUAAGAUUACCUUAAACCUUUGUCCGAAAAAAAAAUCAAUUAGGCUAUACGACAUUAGUGCACGAGAUGAAAAACUGUGUUUGUAAAUCAAAAAUAAUUACAUUACUACCUUAGUAGGCACAUUAUGAAUUUCUUUAAGACAUUCAUUGCUGAUGCAUUAAUUUAAAAACAUUUAAAAUAUUUUCGCCGUUGUAGGGGAUAAACCUGGCAAAAGGCCCCACUUUGAGGCGACAGUUUCUUAUGUAGGGGCUAUACUACCGUACAAAAGGGCACCACUUAGAUAAAAUCAGUUUGUAACUUAUAUGUGUGCUAUUCGUUCUAGGUCACAGUUAGGUAUUUAAUUAUGUGCAGUUACUACUAGCUUGGCUGCUGUUAACACAUAGAUAGGUAUGGAUACAGUUGGUGAUAGGUAGAUUACAAUACCAUACAAAACACCAUGGUAAUUUUAUUUUUUAUUAAUGAAAAUAUCUCAGGUUUAUCUUUAAAAAAAAAUAUUAUAUUACUUUUAAACAUCCUAACUAUUGUUGGCACGGCAGAACACAAAUAUGUUAAAAAAAUGUCUGGAGUGACGAUGCGCACAUUCAUUAACUAAUCAAGUGUCUAUUUUAUCCGGUUUCGAAAAUCUCAUACACAGGUUCAGUUUAUAAUUUCGUUUUAUAUAAGUUUUUUACCUCGGCUAGAUAAAAUAACUUAAGUCGGUAGAGCUCUGAUGCUCUCUCUCCCAGGCCACUGGGUGAUUACAGUUGUGUGUUAAAAUAAAGUGUCAAAAUAUAUUCACGAAGUUAAUUUUUACAAUAAUCCAGUUCAUCAAUGUUUCUCUUGGAAUUAGACCGCAAAAUAACGAGGUAUGGAUGGGAUACGUGAUUCGUCCUAGCGAAAUGGAGUAACAGACUCAGUCAUUUCUUACUCACGUAUAUUUUUCACUCCGAAUAACUUUAUCCUUUUGGAUAAAGCCCUAAUAAUACUCUCUUACGUUUCAACAGUACAUUUAUACCAUCCUUUAGUGCGGAUGCAUAUUUCUGCUAGCUAUUUUUCAGGAUAAUAUUCCGUCGACGUCUCGUAUGUGUUCAUCCAUUAGUAGGCCAUUACAUUAUUUUAAAACCUUCUUAAUUUAAGUCAGCUUAACAAUCCGUUCCAGAUUUAAAAUACGGCUCCUGAUUGGCCGAGAAAUAAAGACAGUUACAUUAUUUCAUAUCAAAGACAUCAAAUCCGCGCGCAACAAUAGCGCGGAACACAAAAUCUCUCAUUAAAUUUGAAUAAAUAUAGAAAUAACAUUUUUCAUUAAAUAAAAACGGUGUCAAAUUAACAGUUUACCGUUUAAAUGUCAAUUGCUCCUAGAGGGGUCCUUGCAAUUGUUUGUCUUCAACGUUCGUUUUUGUCAUAGAGUUACAAUCACAUAGAUAUACACAUAAAAUAUAAAUAGUUUUCAAAUAAUAAAAAUAUACAUACCAGACGAAUAAGUAUAAAUUAAAAUAAAUAAUUACGUAAUCGGGGCUGAAACAUACAUAGUUGCAGUAGGUACACCGUAUGGAAUAUGAGAAAAUGUUGAAUCGAUAUUUUUUGAAUAUUGGCGAGCAGAUAGGUAUUUUUCUUGUCAGCUUCCUUAAGUUCUUUAAAUGUUCAAGGAGUUUAUAGAAGUUAAAAAAAAAUAAUUCAAGAUGAUAUACUUAGUAACUUUGAAAUCUACCUACGCCUGUAGGCUGUGUCAAAGGGGAUUCUUUUUUUUUUACAGAAUUUUUGUUAUAUCGGGGUAAGUUCUUUCUACUGGAGUAUUUUGAUACUGAAAAAACUUAUAAUAUGGUGACGUCUACGCAAAGUUGGCAGUUACGAAUGUACUAGGAAGUUACAAAGUUUUAAUUUCAAUGGAUUUAGUCAUUCAGCUAAAACACCAAACAUAAAAUUCGUCCCCUAUCCUCCAAAACCCCGAAAUGAGUAAGACAUGAUGUUUCGCCAACUUAACUUUCAACUUGUAAGGCGACAUGUACUGUUCGUUGGUCUAAUUUAAGUAUGUUGACAUUAAUACCAUAUUUUGUUGAAAAGUAAAUUGAUUAUAAUGAUUUACAUAAUUUUAAAUAGUUUCAGAAUUCAGUAUUAGCUGUAGUAAGCUACGUACAGAUGACGAAGCAAAUGUUAAUGCUAUAUAACCUCUUCAGGAAAAGUAAUUACGAAUUAGUCGAAUUUAUAGUUUAUGCUUGGAGAAAUCAAUGAAGUAAAUUUAUAUGUGUUAAGACUACUUUAUGUUUUUCCGCAAUAUUUGCAUGCAAGAAAUGCGGCUUAUGAACACCCGAUCAGUUGCCAAUUUAAAAAUUACUUAUUUUUCUGAAACGAUAUGGUAGGUCUCAUAAUAGAUACCACCACUCCGAAUGCCUAUAUACUGGCCGGUUGACUUCUAGGAAACACUCUCUCAGUUGUGAUAGGCAGCUGCUCGACUGACCCCCUCCACUUUCUGAUGCGCUCAUCACGUGAUCGCCUGGUGACAGUGGGGUCUGCGCAGGUUAUUUUGCCUCUUGUCGCGCUAUACGGUCACUAGACGGGUAGAUGGUCGGAAAGAUAUUUGUGCCGGAAAGCUAUUUGCGAAAUUAACUUAUUUCUAUGGAAGGUGAAGAUUCGGAGUUAGUUAGACCGGAAGGUGAACCAAGUGCGUCUAAUCAAGCAAGAUCUGAAGUGCUACCUGGGCGCAAGAAGAAUUCUUGUGUCUAUCAUGAUUGCCAAGGAUAUUUCUACUUCAGCGAAAGAACUACUGCAAAUACAAGGUAAGUGGUUCUCGGAAAAGUGCAAUCUAAUAUUUUAGAGUAGUGCGAUGAAAUUUCACGCACGUGGAAGGCACUAGAAGGAAAUUUGCCUUGUAAAUUAUUGUGUAGGAAGUAUUGCUUUGUUUCAAGAAACUCAAGCUUCAUAGUAUUGCAUAUAUGAGCUAUUAUACCACGCAACAUUUUAGAAUAAUAAUCGUAUUUGUAACAAUACGUUUAAAAAAAUUUGCAGGCAACUGAGAUGCACCAGAAAGAGUCACGGCUGUCGCGCUCGAGCAACAAUGGGUCUUCAGGAAGGCGCAGUUAUUGCUCUGUCCAGAAGCAGUCCACUGCACAACCAUGAACCGGACCUGAGCAUUAAAGAAUCAUACAAACUGCGUGCAGUUCUUAAGGCAAGAUCAAAAAUGGAAACCACCUCUCUUCGCGAAAUCUUUUUUUCCGAGGCGAAAAGAAAUUCUGAUGGUGCAGAUAAAAAUCCUUAUGCAACAGUGCGGAGGUGUAUGGAAAGAGCAAGACGUGAGCUAUUUCCACCAAUUACGGAGGAUUUGCGGGAGUUCUGCAAUAUUUUGGACGGCAGAACCUGGGCAGAUCUGUACAGCCCCAACCACGAAAAACAACUUGCCCACAAAGUCGUAGAAACUGACAAUGGACAAAUCACUGCAAUUGUUUUUGCUAAUGAUACCUUCCUUCAAUUCCUUUCGGAAAAUCCAACCGAACGUCGUGAGGUAUCAUUUGACGCUACCUUCAAAGUAGUCCCCCGAAGGCCGAGCGGCUUUUGUCAACUGAUGACAGCGGUGGUAUACUUUCAAGACAUAGGAUUUCCGAUUUUCUUCGCCUUGAUGACCAAACGGACUCAAGAAGCAUACGUUGCUGUCUUAGACAUAUUCCAUCAGAAGACAUCUGCUUGGGAAAUUGUGGCUGUAUCGUCAGAUUUUGAAAAAGGACUUGUUAAUGCCAUUAUAACCAGAUAUCCGAAUGCAGAGUUCCAUGGGUGUUGGUACCAUUGCUGCCAGGCUAUUUGGAGAAUGGUCAUGAAAACUGGUCUAGUGGAGGACUGCAAGAACAAUGACGACAUGAAGAGGGCUAUAAAAAUGUUGAUGGCACUAGCCCACUUGCCUGCAACAAGAGGAGCCCCACAUGACGAUGCUGUUCCUGCCUACGACAUUGCUGACGGAUUAGAGGCAAUCCUAAUUUUCAUACAUGAAAAAAAUUUGGAAGAAAAGUUGGCAAAUUUGAUCGAAUAUUUUCAAAACUACUGGAUGGCUAGAGUGACGCCCCGAUGCUUUUCUGUCUUCAAUCUACCAAGAAGAACAAAUAAUGCGUUGGAAUCUUUCCACGCUCUAGUUUUGUCAAUAAUGGGCCCACAUGCAAAUGUGUGGAAAUUUUUAGUUCACCUGUCUGACUUGAGCAACAUGUACUUUUCGGAAUUCAAAGCUCUUGUAGAAGGAAAGACUAUUAGAAGACAGAAACCACAGAACACCAACACGCAGAAUUUGCGAAAAAUCAUAGGAAAAUUAGUAUCGCGAGAAUUUAGCGUCACUGAAUUCCUGCGCAAAGCUGCGCACACAGUUGAUGGCGCAUAUAACACUUUGCAAACUCAGAAUGCGAGAGCAGAAGCUACUGAGGCUUAUCAAGCAUCGGAGGAUGAGGACGAUCCCGAAGAUGUCAUACCAAGAGCACUUCGGAAUGUGCCAGCAGAAGUAGAAGAGCUUUUGCCUGAAGAUCCAGAACCAGACCAAAGAACACACAUGACGUGUAAGGUUUGUCUUCUCAACCCAUUGACUCACCUGGUAUAUCCUUGCGGACAUUUCGUGUUAUGUGAGAACUGUGUAAUCGGCCUGAGAGAGAACCAAUCUCCAUUUGUAACACUAAAGUGUCCGGUAUGCCGCUCUGAGUGUGGCGAUAUUGUGCGUGUUUUUUUUGCUUAAUUAUCGUAUAUAGAUCUAGAUUUCACUAAUUAAACUGUAGAUGCAUGUGAUUCCUAAACCAAACAAACAAACUAUUGUAACAUACUUAAUAUUGUUUUUCAACCAAGGUACCAGAAGUAGGCCUAUGUAAGGUGUUUCUCUUAUUAUUUUAUAUUAAUUAUUGUCUAAUAUUAUAUUAAAUAAUUAUCAGACUAAAUUUAAAUGUUUUCAAAAAAGCAAAACAUAAUUACUUAUUCCAGAGAACUCCUUUCUUAAACCCUUUAAAACUAGGUACAUUUAAUCGGUGUGCCACGUGCUACUGCUUCUCAGGAUUCACGUUGCAGCACCCAUUAUUUUUUCAAGCUUCCAUGCGCAUGACAUAUAAAAAAAAUUAAAAUGUUAAAAGCUGUCAACACACAUUCAUCCGCAACGACAUAUUCUAAUAUUCAAAUACAUUGAUACAUCUCCUUCUCCAAUUUAUGAUUUUAUUUAUCUAAGUAAUAACAUUUAUUCUUGGUGUUGGAAUUUUAUAAGUCUACUAUUAAAAUAAAAUAUAAGUUGUAUUGGCUGUAGAAGCUAACACGGAUUAUUUAUCGCUACCAGCAUCAGACCUACUCAAACUGAUUUACAUAGCUUAUGUUUUCUUUACAUGCUUUCAUUUGCGCUUACAAUUUCUUUGAGGGCUUUCAUUUGCGCUUACAAUUUCUUUGAGGGCUUUCAUUUGCGCUUACAAUUUCUUUAAGGCCUUUCAUUUGCGACUACAAUUUCUUUGAGGGCUUUCAUUUACGCUUACAUUUUCUUAACAUGUAUUUCAUUUGCGACUACAAUUUCUUUGAGGACUUUCCUAUACACUUAUGUUUUCUUUACAUGCCUUCCUUUGU